AUGUCUGAGACUCCUGCUCAGUGUAGCAUUAAGCAGGAACGAAUUUCAUACACACCCCCUGAGAGCCCGGUGCCGAGUUACGCUUCCUCGACGCCGCUUCAUGUGCCAGUGCCCAGAGCGCUCAGGAUGGAGGAAGACUCGAUCCGCCUGCCCGCGCACCUGCGCUUGCAGCCAAUGUUCUGGAGCAGAGAUGACGUAGCCCAGUGGCUCAAGUGGGCUGAAAACGAGUUUUCUCUAAGGCCGAUUGACAGCAACACGUUUGAGAUGAACGGCAAGGCUCUCCUACUCCUGACCAAAGAGGACUUUCGCUACCGGUCUCCUCAUUCAGGUGAUGUGCUCUAUGAACUCCUUCAGCAUAUUCUGAAGCAGAGGAAACCCCGGAUUCUUUUCUCACCGUUCUUCCACCCCGGAAACUCGAUACACACGCAGCAGGAAGUCAUUCUUCACCAGAACCAUGAAGAAGAUAAUGGUGUCCAGAGGACCUCAAGGCCAUCGGCCGAGAACGUACACCAGAACCCUCCCACCAUUGAACUGUUGCACCGUUCCAGGUCACCCAUCACAACAAACCAUCGGCCUUCUCCCGACCCCGAGCAGCGGCCCCUCCGGUCCCCCCUGGACAACAUGAUCCGCCGCCUCUCCCCAGCUGAGAGGGCCCAGGGACCGAGGCUCCACCAGGAGAACAACCACCAGGAGCCCUACCCGCUGUCAGUGUCUCCCAUGGAGAACAACCACUGCCCGCCGUCAUCCGAGCCCCACCCGAGGCCCACCAGCCCCCGGCAGGAGGGCACGCGGGUCAUCCAGCUGAUGCCCAGCCCGAUCAUGCACCCGCUGAUCCUGAACCCCCGACACUCCGUGGAUUUCAAGCAGCCGCGGCUCUCUGAGGAUGGGCUGCACCGGGAGGGGAAGCCCAUCAACCUCUCGCAUCGGGAGGACCUGGCAUACAUGAACCAUAUCAUGGUUUCCGUCUCGCCGCCUGAGGAGCACGCCGUGCCCAUCGGGAGGAUAGCAGACUGUAGACUGCUUUGGGAUUACGUCUAUCAGUUGCUUUCUGACAGCCGGUACGAAAACUUCAUCCGAUGGGAGGACAAAGAAUCCAAAAUAUUCCGGAUAGUGGAUCCCAAUGGACUGGCUCGACUGUGGGGAAACCAUAAGAACAGAACAAACAUGACCUAUGAGAAAAUGUCCAGAGCCCUGCGCCACUACUACAAACUAAACAUUAUCAGGAAGGAGCCGGGACAAAGGCUUUUGUUCAGGUUUAUGAAGACCCCAGAUGAAAUCAUGAGUGGCCGAACAGACCGUCUGGAGCACCUCGAGUCCCAGGAGCUGGAUGAACAAAUAUACCAAGAAGACGAGUGUUGA